CGCUAGCUAGCUAGCAUGCUCAUACACCAGUCACCGCCGCCAUGACUGAACACCGGCUUCCAGUCCAGCAACUGGUCAUUCUCGCAAUAUGCCGCUUUUCCGAGCCCAUAGCCUUGACCUCCAUCUUCCCAUACGUGCCCGAGCUCAUGGAGUCGUUUGGCGUUCCGGAAAACGACAUUGCGCGAUGGGCGGGUAUUUCGUCGUCGACCUUUUCUCUCUGCCAGGCCUUUACCAGCUUCUUCUGGGGCGCGGCGUCGGAUCGCUACGGGCGGAAGCCAAUCAUCCUGUUUGGCCUGUUCAAUACUAUGUGGACCAUGCUGCUGUGGGGGUUUUCUGUAAACCUGCCCAUGGCUUUGGCGGCGCGCGCCCUCGAAGGUCUGUCGAAUGGAAAUGUUGGCAUCCUGCGGACUACGGUCGCGGAGCUUUGUCCGUGGAAAGAGCUGCAGCCGCGGGCUUUUAGUAUCAUGCCGCUGGUAUGGACCGUGGGCGCGACAUUUGGACCCACGCUCGGCGGUGCUCUUGCGAACCCGCUCGGUGUAGACCCGCGCCAGCCACGAGGCACUGCGUUUCUCGAAAGAUUUCCCUAUGCCUUGCCCAACAUAGUAGCCGCUAGUUUCUUCACCGUGGGAAUCGUAGUGGGCUGGCUAUUUCUCCGCGAAACUCUGGCGAGCAAAAAGUAUGAGCCGGACCUGGGCAUCCGGACUGGAGUCAGGUUAAAACGCUUUGUGCGUAGAUUGCUGCAUCUGAACCCCCCGGCAACGGCGCAUGGUGAGAACGAACCUCUUCUUGGGCGGCAGAAAGCACUAGACGACGAGGCUGCUGUAGCGCCUCGUGCUUGUAGCCAGAAAGCCAAGGAAAAGGUGCCUAGCGUUCGCGAUGCUUUGACAUUUCAAACUUCAACUAAUCUGCUUGUUUACACUCUGCUGGCCAUGUACUCUCAAGCAUAUGAUCAACUGCUUCCCGUGUUCAUGCACCACCCUGUGCAGCUCGAGUCGGAUCCCACGGCCUCGCUGCCUCUCAAGUUUGUAGGUGGCUUUGGCCUCGAGUCUCGGCGCAUCGGCAUCAUCUUUACGCUGUUUGCCAUUUCGAGCACGGUAUUCCAAUUCCUACUCUUCCCACCUGUUGCCCGGCACCUGGGCGUGCUCCGGUGUCUGCAGCUUGCCUUUAUCAUUUUCCCGUUUGUUUUCCUCGUUACGCCCUUUCUGGCGCUUAUCCACGACCCGAUUGCGCGAGAAGUUGCCAUGUUGCUGCUCCUGAUGGUGAGGGGCAUGGCGGGCACAUUUGCAUUCCCCACUAGUACGAUUAUGCUCACCAACAGCGCGCCGAGCCUACGGGUGCUGGGCACAAUCAACGGGCUGGCGACAAGCUUCAGUUCCUUUGGGCGGGCGGCGGGACCAACGCUCGGCGGCGGCUUGUUCUCGUGGGGGGUGAAGCGGGGUUAUGUCAUUGUGCCUUUCUGGGUGCUUGCUGCAAUUGCAUUGUUAGCAUAUAUCCCAACCAUGUGGUUGGUCGAAGGCGAGGGCUUCGGCGACGAUUCGGACAUUGACGACGAGACGAAUACGAUUGAAGUGGCACAGGAGGAGCACGAGGACGAUUGCCGAGGACCGGCGCUGUUUGAUGGCGAGGAUGCAGCCCAGUCCGAGUCGGAGUUUGGCGAUGUGGGGGAAGCGCCGCACGUGCUGAGCCACACGACGACGCGGUCGAGCUUCGCGAUGGCAUCAGACGAUGGCCAAGGGCUGGAGUCGGUGAGGAGCCACUCGCAGAGCAGGAGACGCAUUGUGCGGCGGCAGUCUUCGGUGCCGAUAGGAAUGGGCGUGGGCUUCCGGCGGUACAGCUCGAACCUGGGGAGCACGGGAAUUGGCGGCGGGGGGGCUAGUUGGGGAGGUGCAUAGCAUGUUGGCGCGGUGUUUUGAUGAUUC